AUGGAGAGUAAAGAUUGGUUAACUCCACAAAAAAAUGAACCUGUUGGUGGUGCUGCUCGGUUUUCUACUUUAGUCAAAGAAUUUCGUGAAAAUUAUGGUUUUGAAACCUCUUGCGUGUUCUUUAGUGGCGAUGCGUUUAAUCCAUCAGUUGAAAGUAGCAUUAGUAAAGGAUUGCACAUGUCUAAUUUCCCUUGGCUUCUCGCUAAUGUUGUUGAUUCGACCACUAAUGAAACUCUAGUCGGAAGUAAAAAAUUUGUAAUUCUGGAAAAGGGUGGGCUCAAACUUGGAAUUGUAGGAUUGGUUGAAAAAGAAUGGCUUGAAACCAUUCCUAACCUUCCAUCAAAUUUACUGUAUAAAGAUUUUGUGAGUACUGGAAAAGAACUUUCUACACAGUUGCGUGAUCCCAACGGUCCUUACGCCGUUGACCUUAUUAUUGCUCUCACACACUGUCGGCUAUCAAAUGACAUUAUACUUGCUAAACAAUGUAAAAAUGAUAUUGAUUUGAUACUUGGAGGACAUGAUCAUUUUUAUUACAUCGGCAAAGGAUGUGAUGUUAUUAAUGGAUGGACUAGAGAUGAAACAAUAGAAGAAUCUAUAGAAGAAUCUAAGGAUGAUGAUGGCGUACGAGUCGUGAAGAGUGGAACUGAUUUCAGAGAAUUAAGUAUCAUUGAACUUGAUAUUGAUGAAAUCACCAAUGAAGAGGGACGAACCCAUAAAAGAAUAAAAACUAUAACUGUGACACGACGUGAAGUUAACUCAUCUAUUGUUGAAGAUGAACAUCAUGCAACUUUGAUUGAUUCGGUAACAUCAGAAAUCAAAGGAAAAAUGUCAAAACCUAUAGCUUAUACUUUAAAACCCUGGGAUUGUCGUUCUUCAAUGCUUCGUACACAAGAGACAGCAUUUGGAAACUUUGUUGCAGAUUUAAUGUUUUAUGCCUAUCAACCAUGUGUUCAUUUUAAUAUUGAUUGUGCUAUUUUAGCUGGUGGAAGUAUUAGAUCAGAUUCAAUAUAUGAUGAAGAAAUCACAUUGGGUGAUUUACUCGAAAUAUUUCCGUUCGAAGAUACAGUUGUUGUUAUUCGUGUUACUGGACGUCAGAUAUGGGACGUUUUGCAAAAUGCCGUUUCAAUGGUUCCUAAACAAGAAGGUCGGUUUCCAAUUGUAAGUGGAUUGAAAAUAGAAUAUAAUCGUAAUGCAGAACCCAAUGAUCGUUUGCGAAAUGUGUGGCUUACCGAGAGACAAAAUCCCAUUACCGAAGAUGGUGAAGGUGAUGAUGAUGAAAACAUAUCUGAAGAUCCUGGCCCACAUCGAAUUAUUGGAAAACUUGAUAUGCAAAAGACAUACACAGUUUGUACUCGUUCUUAUUUGGCAUCAGGUGGUGAUGGCUACAAGGCUUUUGCUGAACCAACUACAAAAUACCUUGUGGAUGAUGAAGCUGGAUUGAUUCUUUCUACUUUAGUCAGACGAUAUUUCAUUGGCCUUUAUUACAUUAAUGCAAUAAAGUAUAAUAUGAGCCGUAAAAAUCAAGCUGUUUUGAAAGCCGCGAAUUCGUGGAAAAAGCUUGCAGAAACUAAACGAGAGAAAUCAGCGUAUGGAAACAUAUCUCGCAAAAGAAUUAGCAAUGCACUUUCUCUCUCUAUGUGUGAAUAUGUGAAUAUAGAAGGUUAUGAUGAUGAGGUAAUAUCUACACCCACUUCAGCGGUGGAAGAAGAACCAAAGAAAGCUGAAUUUAUAAGGGACUGGGUUACCGUUGCACCAAUGAUUGAAGGUAGAAUUGUAACAGUGGAUUUUUAA